AUUCAAUGGCACCAUAUAAUGUAUAUCAUAAACAUAAAAAUAUAUUAUGGAAUAAAUAUAUGAAUUUAGCAAGAAAUUUAUCAUUCUCUAUACCAAAUCAUUUAUUUUUAAAUAUAGAUAAUAUAGAUACAAAUGAAAUCAUCAUACAAUCAUUAAUUUAUUCUACAUUAUCCUAUUGGGAAUUUAAUAUUGGAAAUUAUAAUGAUAUGUUUCAAUUUAUAGCUAUAGAUAAUGGUUAUCAAGGAAUACGUUUAUCAGUUGGUUUAGAUGAAAAUUUAAUCAUGAUACCAAUGCCAUUCAAUCAAUAUAUUUAUACACAAAUAUUACAAAAACGUUAUAAUAUACCAUGUUUUAAUUUUCAAAUUGAUAGAUUAAACGAGUCCAAAAAUAUUCACAGACAUCUACUCUCAAGGCAUUUCAAGAUCAAACGGUAGGUGAGAUACUAUCAACGAAGCACAUCAUUGAUGGGAUUUGAUUAAACAUCUAGUCAAUGUCUCAAUUUAAAUGUUAUUGUCCAGAUUUCACGUCAUUUAAAUACAACUAAUUAUCAUCAUAUAGAAAAACUUGCUUUUGGUAUUAAAUUUAAUUAUCAAAGUUAUUUAAUUAUUAAUUCAUCAUAUACAUCCCAUAUGAUUGAUUUAUAUAUCACAUUACCAAAUCAUUUCCCUGAUAUCAAUUCAAUUGAAUUAAUCCCUGGUUAUAUAAAUCAUAUUAAAUUAGAAAUGUUACGGAUAAAACGUAUAAAACACAACUACUACCAUCACCACCAUCACCACCAUCCCGGCAAUCAUCGUGGCAACCACCACCAACAUCAAUCAUUAUGUAAUGAGAAAAAAUUUUCAACAAUUAUAUAUGAUGGUGAUUUAAUUAAUAAACGUUUAAUUUAUGGUUCAAAUGAAUUAUGUCAUCGUAUAUUAUCACAAUAUUUAUAUUUAAAUGAAUGUCAUUGUUAUAGUCCCUUCUUACCUUAUGGUUACUAUGACAACAUACCAAUCAUAAAUCAUAACAACAACAACAAUAAUAAUAAUACUAAUAGAACAAUUGAAUAUCCAGUUUUAUGUUUAAAUAUGUCAUUAUUUAAUAAGAAUCAAUUAAUAGAUAAUGUUAAUUGUAUGUAUCGAGUAUAUCAAAAAUAUAGUAAUAUUAGUUUAUAUAUGAAUUUAAUAGAAGCAAAACAAUGUGAUCUUUAUCGUAAUCUACCAUAUUGUGAUCAUGUUUAUUAUCAAAAUUUUGGUAUACAUCGUAUUAUUAUGAAUGAAUUAUGGAGUAAUACAUAUAAUGAUGCAAGAGCAUCAUUUUUAAUUCAUACAUUUCGUGAUGUAUUCACUAACAAUACGACUACUACUACUACUACUACUAAUACUACUGAUAAUACUACUUAUAAUAAUGAGAAAUUAACAACUCAACAAAUUCUAUUAGAAAUGCGUAAUAAUUUUGGUUUAUUAACUAUAGAACGUAAUAGACCACAAGGUAAAUUAGUACGUGAAGAACAAGAAUAUUCAUUCGCUCAAUUAUUAUCUGAUAUUGGUGGAAAUAUGGGUUUAUGGAUUGGAAUCUCUGUAAUUGGUUUAUUUGAAUUUAUUGAAUUAAUUAGUUUUAUAUUAUAUACAUUAUUGAAUUAUAUUAUUCAUUUAUGUAGAAAAAAUUGAGAAGAUAG